AUGUCGAAUGAGUCAGCGACGCGGGAAGUCGCGCCUCCAGAGGACGAUAAAUGUAUUGUCGACCGAGACAUCGGCUCUGUCCCGGCUCAUCAUCCCGAGCCACCACCUGCACCAGCUUCUCCACCAUCACAGGCAAUGGCACCCCCCAGGAGCGAGGCAAUGCCUCCACCUUCUAAGAAGCCACUGAGUGGGCACAGCUCCCGCAAGCGUUCCAAUGACGAGAUGGAGGCCGAUGAGAGGCUCGCUCACGGACCGCGAAAUGCUACCAACACCAAUGAUGCUCACGCUGUCAAGUCGGACAAGCCUGACGAUCACGCGACUAACGUUGACUUCUUUGACUCCUCCGCCACCGUGAUCCCAGACUCGCAGAAGCAACGCCUAACCCAAGAAGCUCCCACGUCAAGCACGGCAAAUCAGCCUAAGCAGCCGCCUGCUUCUGCUCAGCCGCCCAAGUCGCAAUCCGAUGCCGAGGCGAAAAAGUCGGCCAAGCCCGCCGAAGCCGAAAACAAGGGAGCGACAGCGGAGGGAGAGUGCUUCGAGGAUGGCGAUGACUCGUCGGAAUGCUCAGACUCUGAUGCGCCUGACGAGCGGAUUGCCGAGUUUGACUGGCGCGAGCUGGAAGCACGCUACCAUGACAAAGUCCAAUUCUUCGCUGAGAAGGAAGCUGCCCUGAUUGGAGAGUGGAACGAUUUGCUUGACGUCUGGCUAACCCACGUCUCCAUCAUCUACGCUCCCACUGACUGAUUCUUAGUCAUUUGGAAUCUGGGCAACUGCAGGCUCGCAAAAGGAGGUUAAUCGCAGCUUCAAGCGGUACGCCGCUCGAACUUCUUGUCACGCAUUGUCACUGAUGUACACUCCAGCUUGAGAACCCAGAUGGUCUAUGUGCGUAACGAAGAAGAUGAGCUCGAGCAGAAGCGACUGCAUUGUGGGUACUGGACGUUCAAGGCGUGGAAACCACCGACUGACACUUGUUUUGCAGACGUCAAGGUUGUUGAAGCCUUCCGAAGUGCGCUUGAUCUCCUCAGGAGAUGA